CUGAAAGGAACUGCCAACCCGGCAGAGAUCUCCAGCAAGUCGGAGGUGGAUCCAAGGCUCCUAGUGGUUGUGGCUGGGAGGGAGGGAGCCCAGCAAGCUCGUCCCCUUUCUGGGAGCCGGCAGAUCCGGGUCCUGUGGCAGUGGCUGGCCUCUGACGUGGUCACUGGGACCAAAACAAGCCGACAGAAGAAGGAAGGAAGGGAGGGAAGAGACAAGCCUUGCCUGCAAGCCUCCUUGCACCAGCACAGCAGCUUUGGUGGCCUUUGCUGUCAAGAUCCAGUUGUGGAGACCCUCUGAACAACCAUGGCAGAAGGCGGAUUCGAUCCCUGUGAAUGUAUUUGUUCACAUGAGCAUGCCAUGAGGAGACUCAUCAAUCUGUUACGACAAUCGCAGUCGUAUUGCACAGACACGGAAUGUCUUCAAGAAUUGCCAGGACCAAAUCCAUCAGCUGAUAAUGACAUAAGUAUUACAAUGAUAAUGAUGGGUUGGUUGGUUCUGGCAUUUGUCUUGUUCUUGAUGAGACCUGCGAACCUAAGAAGAUCUUUCACAGCUGAAAAGCCAUCCAGCCCACAUAAUGAACGAGAACCACCAGCUCCACCUGUGGACUAGAACAUACAGACAAAGCGCAACAGCUAUAACUUUGCACGACCAAAAGAACGAAAGUGACCGGACUACUCCUGAAUUCAAUAACAA